UAUACAAAUAAUAUACCUGAUUACUAAGAUCAGAGGAGUGCAUCUCAUUCUCUCUCUUGCCUUUCUUGUUUGUGCAAAAUUUGGCCAUUUACAAGCAGUUCUAAGACUUGAAAGUGUAACUAUAGGAACGUGAGAACAGUCUGAAACAAGGAUGUUCCUUCAUUGUCAUCACUCAACUGCUCAAGUAUGUCAUUAGAAAGGGCCAAAGGAACCAGGAAGAUGAGUAUCUACCACGUUGUGGUUCCACUGUUUGAUGAAUCACACUGGACAGAGUUGCUAAUAUUUGAUGCUGUUGCUAGUGUGAUAGACCAGGAUGAACCAAAUCAAAUGUCAACCAGUCAAAAAAUUUUUACACUUGCCAUGGUGCGUAAAACAAAUGCUCUUCUCCUUGGACUCAAGAAGAAAGGAUUUGGGGAAGGUAAAUGGAAUGGAUUUGGUGGGAAAGUAGAAAAGGAUGAGACAAUAUCUGAAGGUGCUGUCAGAGAGCUUGAAGAAGAAAGUGGCCUUGUUGCAAAAUGUCUGACAAAAAUUGGAAUCCUGGAAUUUGAAUUUGUUGGUGAUCCUGUUUUGUUUGAAGUUCAUGUAUUUGAUGUUACUCAGUAUGAAGGCGAACCAGUAGAGACAGAAGAGAUGAAGCCACAGUGGUUCCCUGAAGAUGGUAUUCCAUAUGAGAAGAUGUGGCCAGAUGACAUAUUAUGGUAUCCCUUAUAUUUAAAGGGCAUUAAAUUUAGGGGUCAUUUCCUGUACCAAGGCUAUGACACCAUUUUGAACUAUACUCUAACACAAAUGGAUCAUCUGCCAUCAUAAGCAGCAGCUUGGGGAAGUUUCUGUCACAAUGGAGGCAUUUGCAGACAGACUGCACAUCUCUCAGUGCUCUGUAAUAUACCAUUUAUUGAACCAUUGUUAUGGUUUUGAAUUUUGUAAGACUGCAACCAUUCUUUCUGGACAUUUCAUUUGACAGGAGGUGGGUUUGUGGGUCCAGUCUUGAUCCUAGAAGAAUUUCUCUCCUUUUUGCUGAAACUACAUUAUCUUAUAAAGCAUGCCUUGAAUCACUGAUGUAUCACCCUUUUGUUUACAAAUUUAGAAAAGAAAUGUGUUGUUUGCACAUGUUAAAAGAAUUUCAUACAAAAACUGUAUAUAUUAUCCAUUUUGUGAGGAAGGGAAUAAAGAAAGAAUCCCUUAAAAAUUGUGGUUUCUGAGUUCUUCCCACUACUCCUGGAUUUAAUACAGCUAAAUAAACAGGUAAUUAGGAUGAAUGCAGAAGCACCCUUACCUCUUACAACAUAGAGAUAUGGAAAGCCAAAUGAUCUUCACAGAGAACGUUCUGCCAGGAGAUCAAAGACAUAUUAGGAAGCGUAAGAAUCAUGAAAAUCAUGACCAAUAACAUCAGCACUAACAGAUUCCAUGAUGGGAUUUCACAGCAAAUAAAGAAACCUAGGGAAGUUACAUCAGGUAUACAUCCUACAUUUUGGAUUGAUUGAGAAGACAGCUAGAGAAUGUAACAAUUAGUCCUAUGUUCAUAGAAAUGCAAAAUAAGCAAUUAAAUGGCAAUUAAUACUGUGAUGGGAUAUCUAAAAAUCCAAAAACUUCAGAACAUGGAAAUGUAGAAAUACCAGAGAUGUCCAUUUAGUUGGCAACAAAACCCCAAAUUCCAGGCAACCACAUACAUAUACAAGAGUCAAGGUACUGUAAAGAACAGAAUUGCCUAAACAGUCUGUUGCAAGGUGAUAAGGUGACAUAAUAACACCAGGCAAAUCACUGUUCUGGUACAAGCCCACUACCUCAGUGCAACAAGGGUGCAAAGCAAGAGAAAUAAGCCAAGCAGAGCUGAACAGCUGACCAUAAACCCCUCUAAAUGCUUGUACACAGUUACAAUAAGAUGAACUAGUGCCACAUAAAUCAAUUUCCUACCAGGAACCAUGGCAUAGUCAUCAUGUUACAAUACCUUUAAACCAUUUAAAUCGGCAGCACCUGAUGUAAUCUUGCCCAUCCUUUCUCAUCACAAUGGAGCAUUUCAUUCUCCACUCUGUUGUAGGUUUAAAGAUAUGUUACAGUGGCCCAGAGACAGGUAAGCCAAGCCAGUGUGUGCAAACUAUACCAGAACAGGGCAUACAGAUGAGUCUCCUAUAAUUUUUAUUGAAAACAUUGGAGAAUAUAGUAAACAUACAGAAGGGGAGGGGAAUUAUCAGUUAACCAGCUGCACCUAUUCUCAUCAUUGUCACCAAAAUUGACCUGUUAAGAGUAAUUCGGUAUCCAAGGAAAAUUUCUUGGUGGAGUAAAGAGAUGAGUGCAUUUAGCUUAAAACUAGAUGGCUACUGAUACUAUGCACCAGGUAAGACUAAUAAAAACAUGUUUAAAGGAUGUUCUAUAAUCAUAUUCUGGAAAACAAACAGUACAAUAUCAAAAUUGUAAAAAAUUAAUACUACAAUACUGACUGGGCAAAUAUCAAGGCCCAUUCAUGUGUACCAUGCAAUAUGAAAACAGAUAUAAUUUUCAGACAACUCCUGCCAUUAGCACUGCAACACUCAAGCUUAGUGUGUUCAUAAAUAUA